GAUAGACUGGAGGGGAGGGGGAAGGAGGAGGAUCAGGGUAUGACUUUGUUUUAUUUAGGACCCCGGGGAAAGCAGCCGAGUGUGGCUGGGAGGCGAUAGUGCUCUAUGUAUAUACAGGGGAGCGCAGCACCACCUACAUACUGGCCCAUUAAACCUGCUGCUCACCUCAUCAUAGGGAUCGUACGGACAGCGCAGGGCUGGGAUACAGAGGCGCACACACAGCGCAGGGCUGGGAUACAGAGGCGCACACACAGCGCAGGGCUGGGAUACAGAGGCGCACACACAGCGCAGGGCUGGGAUACAGAGGCGCACACACAGCGCAGGGCUGGGACACAGAGGCGCACACACAGCGCAGGGCUGGGAUACAGAGGCGCACAUACACCGCUGGGUAGCAAUAGCCAGAGGCGCACAUAGUGGUGGGUAGCAAUAGCGAGAGUCGCACAUACUGCGCUGGGUAGCAAUAGCGAGAGGCGCACAUAGCGGUGGGUACCAAUAGCGAUAGGCGCACACACAGCGCUGGGUAGCAUUAGCGAUAGGCGCACACACAGCGCUGCGUAGCAAUAGCGAGAGGCGCAGAUAGCAAUGGGAUGCGCAAAGCGCACGGACAGUGCAGAAGAGUGAGAGGUGCACUGAGAGCGCAGGGCUGGAGCAGAUAACGCUGCGAAUCGCACAGAACUGAAGUUGAGUGCGGGGCAGUAACGGUGAGGGCUGGGGCAGAGAUAAACGCAGACAGGGUUCAGCGCUCAUGUACUAAGAGUACAACUGGAUGGUGACAGGUUGUGCAAAGAUUAAAUAGACUGAAAGAGCCGCACAGCGAGAGACGCACAGACAAGUACACUAGUGCGAUUCCCUUGCACAGACCAUCACCUGCGACUUGCUGAAUCCCCAUGGACUUCUCCCCUGGCUGUGACUCGCUGCCGCCUCUUUCCCACUGAUGGAAAAGUCCCAGGACCCCUGUGUGAUGGUUAAACCCCCCCAGUCGCCAAUGGAGCCCUCAGCCCAGCAGCCCUCUGCCCGGGACCUGCAGUGAGGGUGCCCAGACACUUGCCCAGACACUUGCCCAGACAGCACCGGGUCAGCCUGGGAAACCCACCGACUGAUCAAUCCCUGCGGAUUAUUGGAACAAUCACUUCUCAAGGCUGCUGUGCUUAGGUGCAUUGGGACCCCGCAGCACCUGGAACGCCUGCCAGAGGAGCUGCUGUCUGACCCCCCCCAGGAAGGAUACCUUCUAUUUUCUCUUAUUAUUUCUCUGCCUUCACCUAAACUUGGUGAUACUGAGGCUGCCCAAAUGCAGUUUCAACUCUUUUCAUUCGUCCUGAUCAUCCUGAACUGUGUGGAUUACAGUCACUGCCAAGCCAACCGCUGGAGACGGAGCAAGAGAGCCAGCUAUGGGACCAACCCGAUAUGCAAAGGUUGCCUGUCCUGCUCGAAAGAUAAUGGCUGCCUCCGCUGCCAGCCAAAACUGUUUUUCUAUCUGCGAAGAGAAGGUAUGAGGCAGUAUGGAGAGUGUCUGCAGUCCUGCCCUCCUGGAUACUAUGGAGUCAGAGGACCGGAUAUGAACAGGUGUUCCAGAUGCAGAAUCGAAAAUUGUGACUCUUGUUUUAGCCGAGAUUUUUGCAUAAAGUGCAAAUCUGGCUUUUACUCCCACAAGGGCCAAUGCUUUGAAGAAUGCCCAGAAGGAUUUGCCCCAUUGGAUGACACCAUGGUGUGCGUGGAUGGCUGUGAAGUGGGGCCAUGGAGCGAAUGGGGCACGUGCAGCCGAAAUAACAGAACGUGUGGCUUCAAAUGGGGCCUGGAGACCAGAACGCGACAAAUUGUGAAGAAGCCAGCAAAAGACACCAUCCCCUGUCCAACUAUUGCUGAAUCCAGAAGGUGUAAGAUGGCAAUGAGGCACUGCCCAGGAGGAACAAGAACCACAAAGAAGAAGGACAAGAAGAACAAGAAGAAGAAAAAGAAGUUACUGGAGAGGGCCCAGGAACAGCACAGCGUUGUCCUUGCUACAGACCGGUCCAGCCAAUAAAGAGACAAUUCCUUAAUUAACUUUUUUUUUUUUUUUUUGCUAAGUGCACAAUGGCUGCUACAUGCUCUUGCACACUAAUGAACUGCGGAACCGCUGCUUUAACAGUAUUGGUUGCAAAUAACAUGUGAACCGAUUCACAAAGUUGUUUGUGUUAUUUAUACUUUUUUAAAAAAAAAUGUUUUUUCCUCAAUCCGGAACUUCCAAAAAGGAGUGAGCGCUGAGUUGAAUCAGUGUUGUAGUUGGGACAAAGAAUUUUUUUUUAUUUUAUUUUUAAUUAUUUUUUUGGUUUUUAAUGUAGUGCCUGUGACGGGCACUGGCAGAAUUUUGGAAGAGGAAUUGUUGUAGAAUUGCAGAAACGCUCUACAACUACUCGGACUUGUGUGUAUUUCUGUGAAAGGAAAAUAGAACAGAAUAAAGAAGCCCAUUGGAGGGAGCGAUCCAAUAUUGUUUUUUUUCUCGUUUUACAUACUGUACAUUUCACAAUUGUACAUGAAAUAUUUGUUUAGGUGAUGUUUGUUCCCAGCGCCUAUUUUAUUAAAACAGUUGUAUAAUGAAACUGUUUAAGCUAAUAUACUGUACUACAGAGGUAACUGCAUAUUGUCCCAUGUAGCCUAUCGGUUAUUUGUACAUAGUGCUGAGAAGCUACACAUAAUAAACUUAUUUACUGUGUAA